AUGUCGGAGAGGGAGAAUGUAGCAUUGCCAAAGUUCGGAUCUUGGGACGUCAAUAACCCGGGUGCAGCCGGGCAGUACUCAGUGAUUUUUGACCGGGCCCGCAAUGAGAAGAAACGGGCCUCGGCCGCCCGACACGACUCGCCUCGAGGUCUCGUCCAUUUUCAGUUUAAUAGCGGGAGGAGUAAUGCGGUGGCAUUUGCCGGACUUAGCAGCCAAAACCCGGGAGUUAUUACUAUCGCCAAUGCGGUUUUCGGUUCGAUGCCUCCUAUUUCGGUCGAUGUCCUCACCAAAGCUUUCCAGGUUGAUGGGAAUGUGAUUAAGUAUCUUCAGCGUCAGUUUUGGUCGGAUAACAACUAA